GUUGUAAUUUUGUAUCUUCGAAUUCUGAUAAUUUUCAGUAUAUAACGCGCGGUGAAAACGAAGCUAGGCAUCAGUAUUCGUCUACUAACGGUCCUGAAAGCUCUCAGAACUUGCAAGAUGAUGAAAUUCGCUUUGGUAGUGUUGGCCGCCCUGGCUUUGGCCAGUCCCCUGUAUGCUCUCAAAGUACCUAGCACAGGCUCAGGUGCUCUUGCUAGGGACGUUCAGGCUUUCUUGAACUUGGUGCCACAGCAGAAGGUUCUAAAGAUCCUCAGGGCGUACGCAGCGCAAGACAAGGAAUUCAAGGAAAUGAUAAAACUCGUGGACUCUCAGGAUACAAAACUGUUUCUCAAAGACAUCGCGGCUGCUUCCGAGAUGAAGGAAUUGGUAGAGUACGUGCAGAAAGCUGGUCUUGACAUCAAGCUGAUCAUGAAGAAAAUCCAAUUGGCCCUCCACAUCCAGUCUCUUGCUCCUCAAGAUGCCUACAUCAAGAUUACCGGUGGACUUCGGGGUUUGCUUGUAGAUGUUGGGGCCGUAAUACCCAUUGAAAAGAUGCAAUCCUUGUACGAAUCUAAAAGACAGAGCUCAAAAGUGUUCGCCAGCUUCAUCGAGGAAAUAACAAAUGAGAAGUACGUUAAAUUCUACUCUAGCAUUCCGUCGAACGAGCACUUGUUAGACGUCGUAGCGGAAGCUGUCAAGGUUGGUUUGGAUGGCGAGACUGUACAGGCAUAUUACUUUGUUUACAUCUCUGCCAGACUCUUCCUUAAACAAUAAAUAAUCAUUCCACAGUUUCAUUUGUAACUUUGUAAUUUUU